AUGGCCUUCCACAAGCUUGUCAAGAACAGCGCGUACUACAGUCGCUUCCAGACCAAGUACAAGCGCAGAAGAGAGGGCAAGACCGACUACUAUGCCCGCAAGCGCCUCAUCACCCAGGCCAAGAACAAGUACAAUGCUCCCAAGUACCGCCUGGUUGUCCGCUUCACCAACCGCGACAUCAUCCUCCAGAUCGUGAGCUCCGAGAUCACCGGCGACAAGGUCUUUGCCUCCGCCUACUCCCACGAGCUCAAGGCCUACGGCAUUGAGCACGGUCUCACCAACUGGGCUGCUGCCUACUCCACCGGUCUCCUCCUCGCCCGCCGUGUUCUCAAGAAGCUCGGCCUCGACGAGACCUUCAAGGGUGUUGAGGAGGCUGACGGUGAGUACAAGCUCACCGAGGCCGCCGAGACCGACGAUGGCGAGCGCCGCCCCUUCAAGGCCUUCCUUGAUGUCGGUCUUGCCCGCACCUCCACCGGUGCCCGUGUCUUCGGUGCCAUGAAGGGUGCCUCCGACGGCGGUAUCUUCAUCCCCCACUCCGAGAACCGUUUCCCCGGCUUCGACAUGGAGUCCAAGGAGCUCGACGCCGAGACCCUCAAGAAGUACAUCUUCGGCGGUCACGUCGCUGAGUACAUGGAGACUCUCGCCGAUGACGAUGAGGAGCGCUACAAGUCCCAGUUCAACCGCUACAUUGAGGACGAUAUUGAGGCUGAUGGCCUUGAGGACCUCUACGCCGAGGCCCACGCCGCCAUCCGCGAGGACCCCUUCAAGAAGGCCGAGUCCGAGGCUCCCAAGAAGACCAAGGAGGAGUGGAAGGCCGAGUCCCUCAAGUACAAGAAGGCCAAGCUCACCCGCGAGCAGCGCGCUGCUGGUGUCCAGGAGCGCAUUGCCGCUCUCCGCGAGGAGUAA